AUGGAUAAAUCUCGACAAUGGGUAGCGGCACGACCGACGGCCACCGCAACCGUCGAGACUGCUGCUGCUCACGGCUGUUCGUCGACAUUCGUCGUCGUCGUUGUCGUCGUCGACGUCGUCGUUUGCCAAAACGUUAUGAUGGCUCACAUCUGGCUAUCGGCGAUCGAACGCGCGUCCAUCGCUCGUAUAUUCCCCACACAUGACAUUCCGCAUAUCAAGUCGUAA